AUGUCCUACCAUGACUGGCGGAAGCACGGCUCAGCAUACCACGAAGUCUUCAGUGAGGGCUUGAAGCCCUACUAUGAGUGCGACUCCACGGUGGCUCGUGUCCCGGCACAUCAGCAGGAAAAUGCACCAAGUACAGGUCCUGCUUCAGGCGUAGCAUCUGAGUCCGCACCAGAGCAAAACAAUGUCAUGCGAACGCUGCCUUCUCAAGGCGAGGACAACCAACACGGGGCUGAAGCCGAUUUGAGCGAUCUCAUACAGUGGGACUCGGAUGUGGAUGUUCCGAACUAG